CUGCCUUCCCUAUAUCUAUGAAUGCUCACACCCACCAUCCACCCCUCUUCAAUUUCGACCUCACUUCCAUCCUCUUGACUACCACCUACUCUCAGGACCGUCUUUAUCCUUCUUCUUUCGCCCUACCCGGUCACCCAUAUCCUCAAUGGCCAAUUGCUGGCAACCCCAAGCCUCAUUCGUCGACCCAGCCUGGGCCUCCAACAACCAACCAUGCAUGAGCUCUUCGACCUUUCGCGACAUGGUCCAUGCCUUUCCUAGAUCAAAGCAGACCGGCCGGGUGACCAAGCCCCGCAGUGCUGGCAAUAGUCCUGCCUCUGCUGGCAGACGGAGGACGACGACCAUGCCUCACAGCUCGACCAUGUAUCCCAGCUACCAGGCUCCAUUCAAUCCCGCCGCUUUGGCAUCGGCGUUUUCCAGGAGUAGCCGCAGCCGUCCGAUGAGCUGGCACCCAGUCAUGGAAUCUUCCGCCUACGCGACGGCUCCGUACUUUGCCGACUCGACCACCCUGGACACUCUCGCCGCCGUCGGCAUGUGCCCUCAGCCACUCCACACUGCCCCCGCUGUGCUGGAAAGUAACGACAUGCUGUCGUCGUACGCCGAGGGACUGCCUUUCUUCUCUGAGGUGCAAGAUCAAUUGCCGCUUCAGCAGUCCACCUUCGUCUCAGAUGCGCCUGUCUCAUGGGAGACCAGUAGCUCGGCGAUGCCCGCUAUGACUGAGACCAUGUCCGAUUGCUGGUCAUUCGACAUGGCUUCCAUGCACAACAGCAUGCCAUCCGCAUAUGUUGCUGACUCGACCUAUGAUGAGAGUGUGCCAUCAUCCGGAUGCCUGACAGGCCCAGCAACCCCACAGUUCCUUCCUAUUCAGCGCCCGGAUGACCAAUUGGAUCUCCAGACCGACGCUCUGUCCAACAAGCUCGACUCGGAAGACGAACUUGUCGGGAUGGGCCUUUACAGCAAACCCGACGCGCUGACCGAGUCUUCACUCAUGGGCCUAUGUGGCAAAGGACUCAAGUUGGAAGAGACGUUUACGCCCUCGGCCAACGAUGCGGAGGACAAAGAUGACGACGAUGAUGAUGAUGAAGAAGUUGAUGAUGACGCCUCUCAAGAACACGAUGAGGCACCCGUCCACAAUGACUGCGCGGCUCCCGCUUUUACGCAGCCCACCAAACCUGCCACAAAUAUGAUGCACAAGUCCUUCUUCGUCGAGGAAGACGACUUCGAGCAACAUGCCAUGGUCGGCUCUCAACCGCUCAUCAACAUGGCCAGUCAGCCCUGUGUGAAUUAUGGUUAUGGAUGGAUCUGAUUUUCGGAAGCAUUGUUCUUGCUUGUACAUUUGCAUUUGCCCUGUAUUCGCUAUUCAGCAUUGCAUAGCGUGGAGUUUAUCUGUUUGUGGUUUCGGACGGCGUUUUUACAUGUACCAAAUACCCUUGGGAUGGCUGAUUGACCCCUUUUAUGAUGACUAUGUAUUAGAGAACCCUUCGGUGUUUGAUCACCAAUGAAUAAGAAGAAAAAUCCCCCGG